AUGGUCUCCAUGGCCGCCGCUGCGGACCACAACCACCACCGCCACCGCCUCGCCAACCCCGCCUCUCCCCCGUCAGGUCCUCCCGCUCCCGCGCCGCCCCCUCCGCAACCGCACCGCAGGAGACUCCACAGCUUCUCCUUCCCCACCCUCAGCUGGGGCACGCACCGCCUCCUCCGCUGCGCCAAGAACCCCGCCUCCUCGCCCCCGCCCGCCGCCCCGGACACCCCGUCCCCGGACAAGGAGAACGCCCGCCCUCCCGCCGACGGCUCCACCCAGCAGCGGCCCCCUCAGCGGCCCUGGAACCUCCGCACCCGCCGCUCCGCCACCGUCGCCCCGCGCGCCUUCGGAACCUCCCACGACGCGCCCGACGCUGCCGCGGCGCCGGACCCCGCGCGCCAUCCGGACACCACCAGCAAGCGCGGGUUCUCCGUCGUCCUCUCCAAGGAGGAGAUCGCCGACGACUUCGCGCUCUUCCGCGGCACGCGCCCCCCGCGCCGCCCCAAGAAGCGCCCCCGCACCCUGCAGCGCCAGAUUGACUCGAUGUGCCCUGGAUUCUGCCUCGCGGACGUGACGCCGGACACGUACAAGAUCGAGGAGAGGUGACUGCUAAUACGGUGGAGUUUCAC